AACCUAACAACCAGGGGUCAAUGAUUUGUAAUGUUCUGUCCUUUUGCAUUAGACGUAUAUAAAUUCGUGGCAUAAAUCUCGACUUUUUUCAGUUUGUUUCUUACACCUCUGUCUCAGUAGACCCGCAGUUAUGGUGGGAACAUAUGAGCAUUUUGUUGCCUUUUGCACUGAUCUUAUCGGCAUCGAGCGAAUUCUCCGUGGUUUUCAAGCGAUAUGCUCUCUUAUAGUCUGGUACCCGGCUCUAUUUGCCCUUGUCCAGCCUAAGGUGUCAUCAACAUUAUCUCUCCGCGUUCUAGGCGGCCAGAUCAAUGUCUCCCGACGUUUCAUUCGGUUCUUCCGCUUUUUGGACACUUUCCGCGCAGGAUGGCUCGUCUACGUCGCUCAAGGCGAUAAGAGCAUUGAUAUGUGGCUCGAUAUCAUUAGCAAGACCUGCUUCGGCAUGUUCGGCAUGAUGGAGACUUUGACUCUUCUUGAUCUCUGCGACAUCGAAAACCUCCGUAUCUUUAGUCCUGAGAAGUUCCAGGAGAUUGAUUACCAGUCGCAACUUUUCUGGUUCGCUGGAUUGUACACUUCUGUUCUUGUCACGGUUAUCAGACUGUAUCGACUAGUCGCUGGUACUCCUGCGUCUGUCAAGCGUGAGACUGUUAGCAUCAGCUCUACCGAAAAACCAGCCGAGCUUAUUACUACAGAGAAGGAGACUGCGGUUCUCUCUGAGAAGAUGACCAAGGAAGAUCUCGACAAAGAGCGUGAGCGUCUCAAGAGCAUUGUCAAUAAACGCAAGAUCGAGAGACGUGCUUGGAUGAAGAAGUUUAAGAGUGAAGGCUACACUCUCCUCCGCGCUCUCGUUUCUGAUCUCCUCGAUAUGCUUCUUCCCACAACUACAGUUGGAUGGGUCAAGCUUGAGCCCGGCUUGGUUAGUUUAGCCAUGUUCUUCACCACCUUUACUACAGGUCAGGCUGUAUGGGAGAGGGUUGGACAGAAUCUUCAGCGACAGAAGCAGUAGAGGAUGAGGGUGUACGGCAAUAUUCAAUUCUUAUGUCACGUCACGCUAUGUGAAAGCUAUCUAUACCGCCUGUCACUGCGGCAGCAAAAUACAGUUUACUCACAGACUACAUCAUAUACAUUUUCCACCCAGAUAUUGUUCUCAGAACAUUGUCGUAUCAGGCUAACCCAUAGUCCUCCUUGCCUCAGUCUUUGUAGUCGGUGUUAUCUUUGGACGAAAGAGAUUAGAGGCUAGAUACUGGGUUCCUUUAGUGAAAUU